AUGGCGGACGCGACGCCAGCCGCCGCGGCCCCCGGCCCGCCCGCGGACGCGGAUUCCGACGCAGGCCAGAUGCGCGCCUUCAACGAGCUCCCAGGCCUGGCGCUGCAUGCAAUCGCCACAGCCCUCUACCCCGACGCCCGUGCCGCGCUACGCCUGUCCGCGGCAUGCCGCGCGCUGCGCGCCAUCGAUUGCGACGGGCUGUGGGCGGAAUGGGUCGGGCGGCGUUUCGGGACGGAGGCGCUGCCCGCGGCGCCGCCGGCAGGCCCCGUGCGCGCCGCAGACGUCCCCGGCUUUGUGUUCGUGCAGGGCAUGGAGCCGCCCGCGCCGCCGGUCACGGCGUUCACGACAGGCGGCCGCAUCCUCCAAGGCCUGCCCCCGGAGCGCGAGUGGCGGCGCGCGUCCCUGGACCCGCGGGAAGGCGUCUACGUGGCGCAGGCGGCGGCGCGCACGCUAUCGCUGAGCGACCAGCCGGCGCCGCAGGCGCACGACACGUGGCCGCCGGCGCCUGACGAGCGCGACUGGGUGUACGUCCCCGGCGUCGCGUUUGGCCCAGCCCUGUCGCCGAUGCACGAGUUCUUGCAAGAAGUGGAUUCGAUCCCGGCGCUGCUCGCGCGCGCCGCCGAGCUGCCAGACUGCGCCGCCGUCACGACCGACGGCAAGGCGCUGCGCGCGGGCUCAUUGCCACCGCGGUGGGCGUGGCGGCGGCGGGGCGAGUGGGGCCGCGGGGUGUUCUUGCGGCCGGAGGCGGCGCAGGAGCUGGCCGAGGAGGGCGCGGCGGCGCAGGAGCAGGAGGGCGGCUGCAACGGCGGCGCCGUCAAGCAGAUCUAUCUGCGCCGCUCUGCGCUAGCCGUGGACGCUGUAGAUAUGGACGCGGUGUGGCUCGACAAUCAACACCUGUCGCUUGCCAACACCGUGCCGCGGCCGGUGCCCCGGCCGGGGCCGUCCGCGGGGCCGCUGGCGCUCGAGCCUUCGCUCGUGCUCGACAGCGUGUGCUGGCUGGAGGUGGCGGGAGAAAUCACCGGCGUGCUGCCGGGCACCUACCAGGUCGCGUGGUGCGUGGACGUCGCGCACUGCAAGGUUGAACUCAUGUCCAGGCAGCCCCUCAGGCUCUGGGCCGGCGUCUUCCCGGCGGGGGCGGGCGCCGCUUCGGCGGAGGCCGAGGCCACCUGCGGGAAUCGCGAGCUGCGCAACUGCCUCGGCCAGCUCGGCAUGGGGGGGCCCAGUGACGAUUUCCCGCGCUUGGGCCACUACUGGGCCUGGAUGCUCGGACCAAAGGUCGUCGUGCCGGCAAGUGGGGACGGCGGCGGCGCGCCCUCGCGCGUGCGCGUGAGGUUCUACUCCCACACAGACCGUUGGAAGAGCGCCAUCAAGUGGGCGUUCGCCCAGCUGCUGCCGGUCGCGGACGGCGCCGAGCGCGCGCGGCUGCCGCGGCUGCCGGGGGCGGACGGCGCGGGCGGCGGGGAUGGCGGGGACGGCUGGGACGGCUGGGAUGGUGGCGCGAGCGGCAGCAGCGGCGGCUGGGGAAGCCGUGGCCACGCCGGCCUGCCCCGGGGGGCUGUGGCCGUGGCCGUGGAUCCGCCGGAACAUCCGGCAUGGUGCAACCAGCAGUGA